GCGCAUAUAACGUUAAUGCUCAGUCUCUGUGCACGAGGCUGGGACUUAUCCUUACCCGAGGUGGAGGGAACUAAGUCCCAUGGGAGCCACGUCACUCCCCUCGGCAUAUCAACCACUGUCCGCUGGAUGCGCCCAUCACAGCACUACAGAGGACGACGGGAUCGCAUCCAUCCUCAACGCGAAAUGCUUUGCGAACUGAAUCUAACUCAAGCAAUCCUCCCCGAUUCCGUGCGUUUCGGCGAGGAGGCAUUCACAUGCUCAGGCACACAAGCGGGCUAGAAGAACUCCUCGGCGAAGUGGGAAGGUUAUUUCAAGUGGAGAGAGUGCUCGCGUCGAGUAUGGUCCGUGCGAAAGGAAACAUCACAAAGAGCCAACAUCUGUAACUUCGGGAUUUACUUGUAAAGGCGCUUUUUACUGGAGAUCGUGGGAUAUAUUGAGUGUAAACAUGCCUGUGAGAAGAGGUCACGUUGCGCCACAAAACACAUUCCUGGGAAUGAUUAUUCGGAAAUUCGAGGGUCAGAACCGGAAAUUUGUGAUAGCCAACGCCAGGGUGGAGAACUGUGCGAUUAUAUACUGCAACGACGGCUUCUGUGAGAUGACGGGCUUCUCGAGACCAGACAUCAUGCAGAAGCCAUGCACCUGCGACUUCCUGCACGGCGACCUGACCGACAAAGAGGCCAUCAGCCAGGUGGCCCAGGCUGUAAUUGGGUCCGAGGAGCGCAAGGUGGAGAUCACCUACUACCGCAAGGAUGGGUCUGACUUUCAGUGUAACAUUCACGUAAUCCCUGUGAAAAACGAAGAGGGGGUGGUGAUGAUGUUUAUCUUAAAUUUUGAUUACGUUGUGGAUGAGGAAAGUGACAACUCCACAGAGAAGAUAAGCCCAACGUCCCCGACAAAGUCAGAUCAAAGGAGGAGUAGAUUCUUCCGCUUCCGCCAGGCCGCUUUAAGCCUAAUGAAUACCAAGCAGUCUCUCCCACAAGAGGACCCAGAUGCUGUGAUGGUAGACCCGCCCAAAGAGAAUGAGGGCUCAGUGGCCCUGCAGAGCUUCCCCUCACCUACCAAGAGCAUUUGUAGUCCCAUUGAGACUAAUGACACGCAUGGCCUCAUAGGCUCCAGCCACCACUCUUCCCAGGCCAGCGUCGGCCCUGAACCACUUGACCAUUCAUCCCCUAAACUCCUCUGGGAGAAGCUGUACCAGACGGAGCCGCUGCAGUCCUCCAGCACCCUGUCAAACACCUUCCCCAGAGGCAGCAUCAACAGCAUGAGGCGGGCCUCAUCCGUCCAUGAAAUUGAGGCCUACAGCUCCAAUUCCAAGAGUAUAUUCAGGGAUCGUCCCACCAGUGAAGGCCCCUUUAAUCAUGUGAAGUCCAGCCUGCUUGGCUCUACCUCUGAUUCUAACAUCAACAAGUAUAGCACCAUCAGCAAGAUCCCUCUGAUUGCACUCAACUUCUCCGAGGGGGCUGAUAAGAAGACUCAUUCUCCGCCAACAUCCGAGACGACCAUUAUAGCACCAAAGGUCAAAGACAGAACUCACAACGUCACAGAAAAAGUCACACAGGUCCUGUCACUCGGAGCCGACGUGCUUCCAGAAUACAAACUCCAGACAGCUCGCAUCGACAAGUUCACCAUCCUCCACUACAGCCCCUUUAAAGCUGUGUGGGACUGGCUGAUCCUGCUGCUGGUCAUCUACACAGCGAUCCUCACUCCUUACUCGGCUGCUUUUCUUCUCAAUGACCAAGAGGAGCAGAAGAGGCGUGAGUGCGGAUACUCCUGCAGCCCUCUUAAUGUAGUGGAUUUAAUGGUGGACAUCAUGUUCAUCAUCGACAUCCUCAUAAACUUCAGGACCACUUAUGUAAAUGUGAACGAGGAGGUGGUCAGCGAUCCGGCUAAGAUAGCAAUCCAUUACUUUAAAGGCUGGUUCCUUAUAGACAUGGUGGCGGCAAUCCCCUUUGACCUUCUUAUCUUCGGCUCAGGAUCAGAUGAGACCACCACUCUGAUUGGCCUGUUGAAGACGGCUAGGCUCCUGCGAUUGGUGCGUGUAGCCAGGAAGCUGGACCGCUACUCUGAAUAUGGUGCUGCAGUCCUCAUGCUGCUCAUGUGCAUCUUCGCCCUCAUCGCUCACUGGCUGGCCUGUAUAUGGUACGCCAUCGGCAAUGUGGAGAAGCCCUACUUGGAGCACAAGAUCGGCUGGCUCGACAAUCUGGGCGUGUCCAUAGGAAAGAAAUACAACUACAGCGACCCGAGCUCCGGUCCGUCUAUCAAGGACAAGUAUGUCACGGCACUUUACUUCACCUUCAGCAGUCUGACCAGCGUGGGCUUUGGAAAUGUUUCCCCAAAUACCAACUCAGAGAAGAUCUUUUCAAUCUGUGUCAUGUUGAUUGGCUCCCUCAUGUACGCCAGUAUUUUUGGAAACGUCUCCGCCAUCAUCCAGAGGUUGUACUCGGGUACGGCCCGAUAUCACGCUCAGAUGUUACGGGUCAAGGAGUUCAUACGCUUUCACCAGAUUCCCAACCCGCUGAGGCAGAGGCUGGAGGAGUACUUCCAACACUCCUGGGCCUACACCAACGGCAUCGAUAUGAACACGGAGGUGUUAAAAGGUUUUCCUGAGUGCCUGCAGGCAGAUAUCUGCCUUCAUCUCAACAGGAAUCUUCUUCACAACUGCAAAGCGUUCGAAGGAGCCUCCAAAGGCUGCCUGAGGGCCUUGGCCAUGCACUUCAAAACCACUCAUGCCCCUCCUGGAGACACUCUGGUCCACAGUGGUGAUGUGCUCACUGCUCUCUACUUUCUGUCCCGCGGCUCUAUUGAGAUCCUGAGAGAUGACAUUGUGGUAGCCAUCCUGGGAAAAAAUGACAUCUUCGGAGAGAUGAUCCAUCUAUUAGCCAAGCCUGGGAAGUCUAAUGCUGACGUACGAGCUCUGAGUUACUGCGACCUGAGCACCAUCCAGAGGGAAGAUCUACUGGAGGUGAUAGACAUGUACCCAGAGUUUGCCGACUCCUUCCUCAACAAUCUGGAGCUUACCUUCAACCUCAGAGACGAGUCUCCAAAGCCCUCCAACUCCCAAGGCGGUGAUUCAGACGGAGAGGGCAGUAAGAGCAUUAAAAGAAGGAUCUCCUUUACACCAGACGUCUCUAAAGGGGAAAACAAGGAAGUGGUUAAAGACUUGGGGAGAGAGAGGGAGUCUAACUCGUGCCUAAAGAGAAGUUCAGAAGUCCUGGGUCCCUCUCCGCCCAGCGCCCCAGUGCUGGAAACAAAUCUUAUUGUCAGAGACGACAUGGAGAGAAGACCCUCUUUUGAAGAUCUGUGCUGUGAUAAAUGGGCCUGUAAGAAGCCUACGGACUACCUGGAUGAGUCAGCACAUUUCCAGGACCUGAGAGAGGACGACAAUUCUGCCAGCGAGAUCACGUAUGGAGAGGUGGAACAGCGCUUAGGUCAGCUGCAAGAUCACUUAAACAGGCUGGAGUCUCAGCUCAUGACAGAUAUUCAGACGAUCCUGCAGCUGCUGCAAAGACAGCCAACACUGGGACCUCCAGCCUACAGCACUGUGACUGCCAGCCCAGACUAUCACAGACCUGCUGUGAAGGUUCAGCCAGUUGCUCUGACUGCAAGCCAUUUUUUCAGCCAUACAGGAACUCAAGGCCCCAACCACAAACUGGAGAGGGCCAUUCAGGAAUCCAAAGACUCUCUGUCGAGCUUGGCCAACAUGAAUGCACCCAUGGAGGGCAGCCUUACAGCACUGCUUGUACAAAGACAUUCAGAGCCACAACAGCAACAACAACAACAACAACAACAACAACAACAACAACAACAACAACAACAACAACAGCAGCAGCAGCAACAGAUCACAGGGCAUCAGCAGUCUGCACUGAUCCUUCUUCCAACUGAAACCUCUUCCACCUCCUCCUCCUCUUCGUCCCCAGCCCCUUCUGACUCCAACCUGAACACCACUGGACUCCACAGACCCGUCUCAGAUCCAGAGUUCCCAAGGCCAUAAACCUUCCAGCAGCAGCAGCACGGUGUUCUAUCUGGGUUGUAAUGCUGUAAUUACUUUUUAAGUAGCAGCAUUUUAUCAGCAUGUUGGCACAGGCAUCUGUAUUGUUCAUUUGCAAUGGCUUGGUAAUAGUAGUAAGAUUUUUUUUAUUAUUAUGCAUGUGGAUAAAAUACUGUUGGCUGCAGUUAACAGCGUGUUAAACUGUUUUCUGCAGUUAUCAGUGUAAUAACAAUGGUUACAUAUUGUAACAGUAGUUCUAUCAACACAGAAGCCCUCUGAUGGACUCUUUAAGCAUCAUCACACACACUUAAAAUGUACAUGCCACAUAUAUUACACAUUACAACCAAUCGGGAUGAACCUGAGAGUGGUGCUGUUGGAGGACAGCACUUCCCCAGUUACUAAAGUCUACAGCG